AUGUCACUGAACAAAAGCAGUGGUUUAUAUCCGAAAGAGUUUAUCCUGACUGGAUUUCCUGGGCUUGAAAACGUGCAGUACUGGUUCUCAAUUCCCUUCUUUAUUAUCUAUGUUGCAGCACUCACAGGAAAUGCUAUAACAUUAUUAGUCAUUAAAGCAGAACAAAGUCUCCAUGAACCAAUGUAUUUAUUUAUCUGUAUGUUAGCUGUUGUAGAUAUUACAUUAGUGAUUACACUUUUGAAUAAAUUACUGGGAAUUCUGUGGUUUAAUAGCACAACUAUAACAUUUGAAAUGUGUAUUAUACAGAUGUUUACAAUACACUUCUUCACAAGUUUGAAUACUUCUCUGUUAGUUGUAAUGGCAUUCGAUAGAUACCUUGCAGUGUACAAUCCACUCAGAUAUCCAAAUAUUGUAACUAACAAAUUCAUUGCUAUAGCAAGCAUGAUAGUAUUGGCAAGAUGUUUGGCCUUUAUAUUACCUUUGCCUUUCUUUGCAGUUGAGUUUCAGUACUGUGCAACAAAUGUUAUUGCCCACUGUUAUUGUGAAAUUGUUGAGCUUGUCAAUAUAGCUUGUGAACAUUUUGAAGCAUGUGCAUUUUACCUGAAAUGCCUCUUUCUUUUAAUUACAAUGCCAGACACAGUGCUAGUUGGUUUGUCAUACAGUUUAAUUCUCAAAAUAAUUCUAAGAAUGAAGACCAAAGAAGCCCGUCAGAAGGCCUUUAGCACCUGUAUCUCUCAUUUCUUUGUGAUAUUGACAUUUCAUCUUUUAUCCAUAUUAUCAUAUGUUUUGAACAAUGUUCUGCCUUAUGUACGUGUCAUAACAUCAGUUUUGUUCAUUGUCCUUCCUUCAGCAUUGAAUCCGUUCAUUUACUGUAUAAGACUUAAACAGAUUCAUGAGAAGAUAGCAAAGGUUUUAAAUUCCAUGGUUGCUUCUUUGUUUGGUGUAUAA